GCUCCGCUAUACUGGCACACCGUAUACUACUGCUUCAUUCAUUCGGACGCCUUAAACAUCAGGCAAGGAAACUAUUUCUUUGACUGCAAAUUUAACCUUAAAAGAAUGAACUGACAGAACACUUUUCAUUGACAACAAGAAGAAAACGAUUUAUUUUUUCUUGAACUUCCUCUGGAUGGACAUCGUACCUGGGAUUUUACGGUCUUCGUUCAGUUUGUAGCACGCCAUCCGCCGUGUUAUCGCUUUGAGAACACAGGUUAGUUGAGGUGCCCUGACGUUUCCAUUUUUGACAAACUGGAUAUAACUGCUAUGACAGGGAAACUAGCGGACCGUGUCCCUACUACCAUGAGCAGUUUAAUAAACACGAUUUCCGACAACCUUUACCCCGAGGAGGAAAGCCCGUCGUCGUCAAACAUUUUCAACAGCACGGAUUCUAUUUCGCCCUAUUCGCAAAUGAACACAGACAGCAUCAUGGACUUGGGGAUGGGCGGGGAGAAGGUGGCUCCGGAGCUCCAGUACGGCUCUGGCUUCCAGUCGGUGCGCAGCGGCCAGACGGUCACCUACCUGGGGAAGUUCGCCUUCGACGCGCCCUCCUCAGGGGGCAUUUCGGGCUCCGGCUGGUGCUCGGACAACAGCAUCAUCAGCCUGGUGAGCGCGGGUGUUCUGGGCGUGUCCCCGUCGCCCGGCGCUGCCCAGGCCUCGCCCGGGAGCACGCUGGCCGGCCAGGCGUCGGAGCUGGAGCAGGCAUACAGCACCCCCCUGCCUGCCUUCUCCAUCUGCGGAGACAUGUACCAGGACCAGGUCUCCUUCAGCCACAGUCCCACAGCCACCUCCCAGCUCUACCACGGCGCCGACUACCACACCGGCCCCAAGCCCAGUGCCGACGGUGGCCUGUUCUCCAUGAUCCCCGACUACACCCCUUUCCACCAUGCGGGCGAGGCCGGCAUGGUGGAGCAGAAGCCCUUCCAGACGGGCGACCCCGUCCGAGUCAACCCCCCGCCAAUCACUCCACUGGAGACCAUACGGGCGUUCAAGGACAAGCAGCAGGUGGGGCCGGGCUUCCUGGGGGGGCAGCCGGGGGCGCAGCAGCACGGGCCCUCGCCCCCCCAGACCCUGACGCUGAAGCCGGUGCGCCUGCGCAAGUACCCCAACCGGCCGUGCAAGACGCCGGUGCACGAGCGGCCGCACGCCUGCCCGGCCGCCAGCUGCGACCGCCGCUUCUCGCGCUCGGACGAGCUGACGCGCCACCUGCGCAUCCACACGGGCCACAAGCCCUUCCAGUGCCGCAUCUGCAUGCGCUCCUUCAGCCGCAGCGACCACCUGACCACGCACAUCCGCACGCACACGGGCGAGAAGCCCUUCUCCUGUGAGUUCUGCCCCCGCAAGUUCGCCCGCAGUGACGAACGCCGCCGCCAUGCCAAAGUGCACCUCAAGCAGAGGGACAAGAAGGCGGGCGGGGCCGGCAGCGAGGGCGGGGCCGCAGGGGCAGGGCCGGGGCCGGCGGGCGUGGCUGAUCCUCACGCCAGCCCUCCCCCCAGCUCCUGCGCCAGCUUGACCAUCAGCACCUGCACUUAGGAACGCGUCACAUGAUCUCUUCCGGCAGCACUGGACCAGGGAGGCCAGCUUACACGAUGAGAUUCACUGUCACUCUCUCACUAUCCAUCUCUCCCUCCCUCCCUUCCAGAAUGAUAGCGAUCCAUCUUUGGACACGUUUGCACAUAAAAUCCUCCCUCUCUCUCUCUUCCAAAUCCGAAGGUAUUGCCAAGAUGUGAAUUUUUGUAUCUCCUGCAGUUGAGCACAGAAAUUUCCUGUCAGUGUGAAUGUGAGCCAGAGCGUCGCGUUGAACGACCUCAUACGUCCUCGGUGUCAGAGAGGACUGCGAUCGAGCGCUCAAAUUCAGAGCCACACCUUUUUAACUCUAGGUGUGAAUUGAAACACAGUCUCUGUGACCGGUUCUCAGAUAUACAGGGCAGAACACAGACACAACUCUGUGAUGAUCAGUUGAAAAAACGGCAGCAGUGCACAGUGAGGACAGCUGGUAGAGCGAUCUCAGUGUGGUCUAAAAAAGUCUUACAGAGACCCGUUAUGGCAGUGUUUUCAGAUUUUUUAUCUUUUAAUAACAACAUUGUUUAAAAAUGUAUUUUGAGGCCCUUUUAUACAGGUGCUCAAAGCAAAAAAGGAAAAAAAUGUUUUGAAAUAGGUAACACAGGUUGAUACCAUAUUUGCUGCACCUCAGAUAUUUGCAUUAAAAGCAGGGAGUUUAAAUAUAUCACUUUUAAAUAUUGCAAGUGUUUGCUGUAUGUGUCUUGUUUAACAUUUAAACAUAACUACUUAAACAAUUAUAUCAGAAGAACAUUCAAGGGAUGAAUUCCAAACAGUA